AUGGUCCAGGAACCGCCAUUCAAUGGCGAGUGGUGCCCCUUCUGUAACCUGUAUCUCGCAUCUCUCCAGAAGCAUCUAGCUGAACUCAAAGCUAAGGUCGUCACCCUCGUGGACAUUACAACCGAGCUACGACAUUACAACCGAGCUACCCACCGAGACAUGUCCACGACGGAGAAGCGAGGCCUGAAGCUCAUUGUGCUCUCUGUUACAGGCAAUAAGUACGCACGCAAGCUAGGUAUUGUGUGGAAGAUGCCUGAGAUCUUGAGCCCGGUCUUUAAGACUUUAGGACACGAUCUCGUUGAGAGCAAUGGCGAUGAUUCUUUCGAGUUGCCCAUGCCCGUGUCGUUGUUGGUGGAUGGAAAGGGUAUGGUGCGAAAGGCUUUUGUUGAUCCGGAUUUUACCGAAGGACUUGAACUCGAGACAGCACUAGAGUGGAUAAAUACUCUGUAG